CGCGAGCGAGGGCAGGGCUGGGGGCUGGCCGAAGCCACUCGGGGCUUUAAAUAUGGAUCGCUGCCUCGCUCUCGUGGCACAGCCUCCUGCACGGCCACCUUCCCCAAUUCUCCGUCCCCGGCUGGCUCCCGAGGGGAGCCCGGGCCGGGCUCCACUGCUGCAGUGUUAGCUACUCGCAGAAAAAGCGGAGAGCCCCAUAAUAUGCAGGCGCUGCAGAAGGCAAAGUAGAGUAGACGCCCCCGCUCUCACACGCUCACCCGCCGCGCGCCACGCGGGCGGUGUAGACAUCUCCCCCCGGCGCCACCUUCCCCCGGUUCUCGCGGGCCGUUCAGGUUCCAGUCCUGCCGGCUCCGAAGACGCUCCCGCCCCAGCGCCCUCGUCCCGCUCUCGCCUCCGCCCCUGAGCGCGCACCCACCCAGGCGGCAAAGUUGUGACUACUUGGGCGCGGGUGGCUCGCUCCCCGCUCGCACAGCGCCUCGCGCCGACAACUUCCCGCGGCGCGGUCCCGCCGCGCCCCGGUCCCGCGCCUCCGGGGAUCCCGUGGGCCCCCAGCUUCCAGCCCCGGCGGCGCGCCGGGCAGCGCUUCGGUGGCGGCUGCGGUGGCAGUGAAGGCGGUGGCGGCAGCAGCCGCUGCAGCCCCACAUUCCGUCGCCAAACUGGAGGAACGACGGAAGCCGGACCCCAGGAGGAUGGAGGAUGAAGCUGUCCUGGACAGAGGGGCUUCCUUCCUUAAGCAUGUGUGUGAUGAAGAAGAAGUAGAAGGCCACCACACCAUCUACAUUGGGGUCCAUGUGCCGAAGAGCUACAGAAGAAGGAGACGUCACAAGAGAAAGACAGGGCACAAAGAAAAGAAGGAAAAGGAGAGAAUCUCUGAGAACUACUCUGACAAGUCAGAUGUGGAAAACGCCGACGAAUCCAGCAGCAGCAUCCUCAAGCCGCUGAUCUCUCCCGCCGCAGAGCGCAUCCGAUUCAUCUUGGGCGAGGAGGAUGACAGCCCAGCACCCCCUCAGCUCUUCACUGAGCUGGAUGAGCUGCUGUCCGUGGAUGGGCAGGAGAUGGAGUGGAAGGAGACCGCAAGGUGGAUUAAGUUUGAAGAAAAGGUGGAACAGGGUGGGGAGAGAUGGAGCAAGCCCCACGUGGCCACAUUAUCCCUUCACAGUUUAUUUGAGCUGAGGACGUGUAUGGAGAAAGGAUCCAUUAUGCUUGACAGGGAAGCUUCUUCUCUCCCACAGUUGGUGGAGAUGAUUGUUGACCAUCAGAUUGAGACAGGCCUUUUGAAACCUGACCUUAAGGAUAAGGUGACCUAUACUUUGCUCCGAAAGCACCGGCAUCAAACCAAGAAAUCCAACCUUCGAUCCCUGGCUGACAUUGGGAAGACAGUCUCCAGUGCAAGUAGGAUGUUUGCGAACCCUGAUAAUGCCCGCAGCCCGCUUGAGAACUCAGUGCCCUGCCUAGCAACCCCCAGCUUGGACGAUGACCCCCGAGUGCGGCGCACUCCCAGCGUGGGAUGGCUAAGUAGCCCAGCCAUGACCCAUAGGAAUCUGACUUCUGCCAGUCUGAAUGACAUUUCUGAUAAACCAGAGAAGGACCAGCUGAAGAACAAGUUCAUGAAAAAACUGCCCCGUGAUGCAGAAGCCUCCAAUGUGCUUGUCGGGGAGGUGGACUUCUUAGAUAUGCCUUUCAUCGCCUUUGUUCGGCUACAGCAGGCGGUCAUGCUGGGUGCCCUGACUGAGGUCCCUGUGCCCACGAGGUUCUUGUUCAUUCUCUUAGGUCCUAAGGGGAAAGCCAAGUCCUACCAUGAGAUUGGCAGAGCCAUUGCCACCUUGAUGUCUGACGAGGUGUUUCAUGACAUUGCUUAUAAAGCAAAAGAUCGGCAGGACCUGAUUGCUGGCAUUGAUGAGUUCCUCGAUGAAGUCAUUGUCCUUCCGCCUGGGGAAUGGGAUCCAGCGAUCAGGAUAGAGCCUCCUAAGAGUCUUCCAUCGUCUGACAAAAGAAAGAACAUGUACUCGGGUGGAGAGAAUGUUCAGAUGAAUGGGGACACGCCCCACGAUGGAGGCCACGGAGGAGGAGGAGGACACGGUGACAGUGAAGAAUUGCAGAGAACUGGACGGUUCUGUGGUGGACUAAUUAAGGACAUAAAGAGGAAAGCACCAUUUUUUGCCAGUGAUUUUUAUGAUGCUUUAAAUAUUCAGGCGCUAUCAGCAAUUCUCUUCAUUUAUUUGGCAACUGUAACUAAUGCCAUCACUUUUGGAGGACUGCUUGGGGAUGCCACAGACAACAUGCAGGGUGUGUUGGAGAGCUUCCUGGGCACAGCUGUCUCUGGAGCCAUCUUUUGCCUCUUUGCUGGUCAACCACUCACUAUUUUGAGCAGCACAGGACCUGUUCUAGUUUUUGAGAGGCUUCUAUUUAAUUUCAGCAAGGACCAUAAUUUUAACUAUUUGGAGUUCCGCCUGUGGAUUGGCCUGUGGUCAGCCUUCCUGUGUUUCAUUUUGGUUGCUACUGAUGCCAGCUUCUUGGUUCAGUACUUCACUCGCUUCACCGAAGAAGGCUUCUCUUCUCUCAUUAGCUUCAUCUUUAUCUACGAUGCUUUCAAGAAGAUGAUCAAGCUUGCUCAUUACUACCCCAUCAACUCCGACUUCAAAGUGGGCUACAAUACUCAUUUUUCCUGUGCCUGUAUGCCGCCCGACCCAGUUAAUAUCUCAAUAUCUAAUGACACUACAAUGGCUCCAGAGGAUUUGCCAACUCUGUCUUCUACUGAUUUGUUCCAUAAUGCUACCUUUGACUGGGCACUGUUGUCGAAGAAGGAGUGUUUGAAAUAUGGAGGACAGCUCCUGGGGAACAACUGUGAUUUUGUUCCUGAUAUCUCACUUAUGUCUUUCAUCCUCUUCUUGGGCACCUACACCUCUUCUAUGGCUCUGAAAAAAUUCAAAACUAGUCGUUAUUUUCCAACCACAGCAAGAAAACUGAUCAGUGAUUUUGCCAUUAUCUUGUCCAUUCUCAUCUUUUGUGUGAUAGAUGCACUGGUAGGUGUGGAUACUCCAAAACUAAUUGUGCCAAGCGAGUUCAAGCCAACAAGUCCAAACCGUGGUUGGUUUGUUUCACCAUUUGGAGGAAACCCCUGGUGGGUGUACCUUGCAGCUGCUAUCCCAGCUUUGUUGGUCACCAUUCUGAUUUUCAUGGACCAGCAAAUCACAGCUGUGAUUGUAAACAGGAAAGAACAUAAACUCAAGAAAGGAGCUGGGUAUCACCUGGAUCUCUUUUGGGUGGCCGUCCUCAUGGUGGUGUGCUCCUUCAUGGCUCUUCCGUGGUAUGUGGCUGCGACUGUCAUCUCCAUUGCCCACAUCGACAGUUUGAAGAUGGAGACAGAGACUUCUGCACCUGGAGAACAACCAAAGUUCCUCGGAGUGAGGGAACAAAGAGUCACUGGAAUCCUUGUGUUUAUUCUGACUGGUCUGUCAGUCUUUAUGGCUCCCAUCUUGAAGUUUAUCCCCAUGCCUGUACUCUAUGGCGUGUUCCUGUAUAUGGGGGUAGCAUCACUUAAUGGUGUCCAGUUCAUGGAUCGUCUGAAGCUGCUUCUGAUGCCUCUGAAGCAUCAGCCUGACUUUAUCUACCUGCGCCAUGUCCCCCUGCGCAGAGUCCACCUGUUCACGUUCCUGCAGGUGUUGUGCCUAGCCCUGCUCUGGAUCCUCAAGUCAACUGUGGCUGCUAUCAUUUUUCCAGUCAUGAUCUUGGCACUUGUAGCUGUCCGAAAAGGCAUGGACUACCUCUUCUCACAGCAUGACCUCAGCUUCCUCGAUGAUGUCAUUCCAGAAAAGGACAAGAAAAAGAAGGAAGAUGAGAAGAAAAAGAAAAAGAAGAAAGGAAGUCUGGACAGUGACAAUGAUGAUGAGAACGAUCCCCAACAUUCCUUGAACGCCACACAUCAUGCUGAUAAAAUUCCUUUCCUGCAGUCACUCGGUAUGCCAAGUCCUCCUAGAACUCCAGUAACAGUUGUGCCUCAAAUUAGAAUAGAACUUGUGUCUGAAGACAAUGAUUGUUUGUGGAGGAGCAAGGGAACAGAAACUACAUUGUAACCUGUUUGUCUUUCUUAAACUAAUAGUUUUUGUUGUUAAUGUUCUUGUUUUUUGUCUGGUUGUUUAUUUUUUUAAUUUUUGUUUUGUUUUACUUUUUGGCCAUUGGCCAAAUGCUACAGCACUCUCUCCGCUUCUCUUUUGCAUAGGUAAAAUUAAGACAGUAGUACGCCAUUCCUUAAAAGCAUCUGAAAAAUCCCCUUUUGUUCUUAGACUUUUCCAUGUGUCCUCUGACAACCAAAUUCCUCUGUCACUCAAGACAUGCACAGACACUAUCCUUUUCCUUUAUCAAGCAGGGGACAAAAGUAUUAAGGAUUUUAUAACACUUUUUAUUCAAAUAUUGCAGGAACUUACAACUUUAGCUUUGGAGCUGUGCUUACUGGCUUGUCUUUCUGUCUGGUAGAACAAACCUUGACCUCCAGGCAGUGUCUUCUUGCUUACAGAGCUCUCCGAGACUGGAAAAAGUGCUGCUAUUCUAACUUGCUCUUGCUUGUAAACCCUAAUCCUAGAGUUAUCAAAGAAGAAAAUCUAAAGGUACUUUACACCCAGUAGAGAAACUAUUGCCAUCAUUGUAGCAAGUGCUGGAAUGUCCCUUUUUCCUAUGCAACUUUUUUUAACCCUUUAAUGAACUUAUCUGUUGAGUACAUUUGAAGAAUAUUUUUCUUCCUAGAUUUUGUUGUUUAAAUUAUGGGGCCUAACCUGCAACUUAUUUUUGUCAACUUUUUAACUUUUUUUUAAUUACUGUAAAGAAAAUGAAUUUUUUCCUGCAGCAGGAAACAUAGUUUUGAGUAGUUCUACCUCUUAUUUGUAGCUGCCAGGCUUUCUGUAAAAAUUGUAUUGUAUAUAAUGUGAUUUUUACACACACACACACACACACACACAAGUACACAAUCUCUAGGGUAAGCCAGAGGGCUAGAUCAGAUGGAAAAACACCAUGUUUCUAGGCAUCCAUUUUUCCCUUUCUGUAAAAGAAAAUUAUCUGUUUUAUGAAGGAGAUGGGGGGAAAGGGACAAGCUCCUAUGUAACGGGAAUGACUGAUGUUUUGAUAAUGGUAGUAUCCUGGCACAGAUGCUGAUUGUAUUACCAUGUUCGAUGUCCUAUGCAGUAUUGUUAGACAUUUUGUUUUUCACUUUGAAAUACUCAUGUGUUUGUGUAUGUAUUCUGUGUGUGGUGGGUGCCCAUAUGUGCGAAGUUAGAGACAGAGUGAUGGCAGGCGAAGGGCAAAGUUAUGCAGCCUCUGGUGUCAGUUUUCAUAAAACCCAAACCACAUAUGAAAAAUCAAUAUGAGAUCCAAGAGAAUUACCAUUAUGCAAAUGAGGGUAAAUAUUGUAUUGCCCAGAUAUCAGUCACCAUCAGUGAUACAAUAGCCCAUAUUUACAAUACAAAAUUCA